AUGAAUGUUGCUCUCUUGCUCGUGCUUGGAGCUCAGCUGAUUGCCACCGCGGCUGUUUGGUUGGAGGAUCACCUGGCGGCCUCAGGUCGCCGCACUGGCACUCUGUACUGCAGGGUGGGCAUCGGCUUCCACCUCCAGAUCCAUCCCAACGGCAGAGUAAACGGGAGUCACGAGCCCAAUCACCUCAGUCUGCUGGAACUGUUUUCCCUAUCGCAAGGAGUUAUAGGAAUCCGAGGAGUUUUCAGCAACCGAUUUCUAGCCAUGAAUAAGAGAGGAUGGCUUCAUGCUACUGAGAAGUUCACCGAUGACUGUAAGUUCAGGGAGCGGUUUCAAGAGAACGGCUACAACACAUACGCCUCAGUCAUACACAAGAAUCAGCAGACUGGGAGAGAGUGGUUUGUGGCACUCAAUAAAAGAGGGAAGGCAAAAAUGGGCUCCAGUCCAAGAGUGAAGUCCCAGCAUGUGUCUACGCACUUUCUACCAAGGAUGAACCUGCACACGAAACUGGAACAAGGCUUUACAAUAACAGACAAAGAGCAGGAAAGGACUCAGGCCCUGCCAAAACCUCAGAGCCCUAAAGUCACCAUGAACACGGGGCAGAAACAAACUCGAACUAUUAAGUACUGGCCAAAAUUUAGGUUUGGAUAGACUAACAUUGUCUUAAGCAGUUGUACUGUAAACAAAGCAGUUUUCUCUUCCAAUUGUCAGCAUUCCAUUGAACAAGUUUCUGAGGCUGAACCCGAACCUGUUGACAUGGGGGUAUUACAAAUCUAAUACCUCUGCAAGAGCAUUUCUCAUUAAGUUCCUUGAUGUAUUUUCUAUUUAUA